AUGUCUAGAACUUUUUUGAUUUUCGCCCUUCUUGCCACUAUUCUCGUUCUAGAAGCCUAUAAAGUUCCAACCGACGCAGCCACUCAACUGAAAUUAAAGAAGAGAGGACAAGGAUGUAUGAAACGAAUUCUUCCAAAGAACGGACCAUCGAUGGCUCUUCAAAGAGAAUUGGCGGUGUGCUUCAAAGUUGACUGUGCAAUGGCCAUAAUCCCGAAAGUGGAACGACAAUUCCCGCGGGAAUUCCCAGUUUUGAAAGGAUGUAUGGGAUAUUAA